UUGUUUUCAUAAAAUGUUUAGUUUUAUAAUUUAUUGUUUACCUUUACAGUCUUUACUUUACCAUUUUAUUAAGUAACUGUAACGUGGCUUUGGUCCUGAUGUUUUUGGCGUCAGCUAAACGAUUAAAGCUUGCGAACGAACUGUAGCUCGAGAGCCUUAACCCUAACACCGUCCAUGCUUGACGAGUAGAGACUGCGGAAUAACGAAGAUUCACCCGUCUGCUGCUUGCUGCACGGACGCAGGCAGUGCUGACUGCUGAUACAUUCCGAGAUGGCGGAAUCUAAUUCUAAGACGGAACGGCAAAUCCUGACUAACCACGAUGUUCUGGGUGGGCCUCGAUAUUCAGUAGGCCUGGAAGAAGUUUCUUUGGAUCCGGACACUCCGCACGCUGUGUUCUCCUCCACCGUCGGACAUUUCAGCAGCUCUUACGACGGAGACGCUCUGAAUAUCAAACCGGGAUCUCGGACCGAUAAAAUCCUGUUGACACUCUUCGGCAUUACCGCCUCAGAUCUCCACGGGCUAGGAAAUAUUCUGGCUGCAUGUGCGAUAAUUUCGCUGCUCAUCCUAAUUGGACUAAUUGUGCAUAUAUUAAUUGGCCCACCGCAGAUUUUACCACAUGGAGCGGUUGCAACCGACGUUAAACAGUGUUCGGAUAUCGGGUUGGAUAUCCUCAAAGACGGCGGUUCUGCGGUGGAUGCCGCUAUUGCUGCGGCAUUUUGUAUUCAAGUAGUUAAUCCUCAGAGUUCCGGGAUCGGCGGUGGGGGAUUUAUGCUUGUGUACGAUCAUCGGAAUAAAUCCGCAUGGUAUUUGGAUUUCCGCGAAACCGGUCCUGCGGCUCUGACUCCGGGCAUGGUUGAUGCUGGGAGACAAAAACCGCACUUGUUAAUUGGCGUGCCGGGAGAACUGAAGGGAAUGGAAGCUGCGCAUAAAAAAUUCGGAAAAAUGAGCUGGUCGGCACUAAUCAGUCCCGCGAGGGAUCUGGCUCGCAAUGGGUUUAAAGUUUCCACUCCACUUGCAAAGGAUAUUUGGAGAUUCGACAGCAUUAAAAAUUUGCCUUCGAGUGCCAGAUUGAAAAACUUCCUGUACAGAGACGGUAAACCACUUCAAGCCGGUCAAACCAUCUCCCGCCCGGAUUUCGCCGACACUCUGGAUCGAAUCGCCCGAGGUGGCGCCAAUGAGUUUUACAAAGGACAGCUGGCCUCUGAAAUCGUACAAGAAGUUCGACAAUUGAAAGGAAUUUUGACGGAGGAUGAUUUACGAAAUUAUCAAGCUGUUGAACGACAGCCGCUAAACGCUAGCUUCGGUGCAUACAAUAUCCUUACUGCGCCACCUCCUAGUUCCGGUCCAGCAUUUAUUUUGGCUUUAAAUAUCCUGGAAGGAUUUAACUUUUCAAUGGGUGAUGUUAAAACGGCGGAAUACUGGCACCGUUACCUUGAAUCCUUAAAGUUUGAAUUCGCUAACAAGAACCGUCUUGGAGAUCCGGACUUCGAACAUGAUGUCCCGGAAAUCGCCCAUACAAUGAUGGACAAAAAGACGGCGAAGGAACUACGGAAACGGAUUAAAGCCGAUGGAGUGCUUAGUAAUUACUCCCUUGCUGCUAAUGUAACACAGCCCACACCCUAUGGAACCUCGCAUAUCUCCGUUGUUGAUUCCAAAGAUGUCUACGUCAGCUUUACCACGACGGUCAAUUAUUACUUUGGAUCAGGAAUUAUGACUUCCGGGGGAAUUGUUCUCAACGAUGAGCUGGGCGAUUUUGCCAGGAAAGAAAUGGACGACGAGGAGCAAAAUAAUUUACCAAAGCCAGGCAAAAGGCCGCUGUCGAGUAUGGUUCCUACGGUGGCAUAUCAUUAUCUACGAGCAUGCACGAACCGGACGGCUGUUGGUGCAUCCAACGGAACCCAUAUCCCUGCCGGAGUAUUGGGUGUUCUUAUGAAUGUGUUAGUAUUUGGAAUGAAUGUGACAGAUGCCAUUGAAUAUCCAAGAAUGUUUGCCGAUCUGGCGACCAACCCGGAAUUAUAUGAAGAUAAAGCAAAUGUCUGGACCGAAAAGCUUCUGAGUGAUUUGGUCGCGUGGGGUCACAAUAUGACGAAAGCGGAGGAAGGACUGAAUGUGGUGCAAGCUGUGAUAAAGAACAACAAAACGAUAACAGCUCAUUCCGACAGCCGAAAAUACGGUGAUGCAGCUAUUUAUUGAUUUUCGAUUUAUGUAAUAAAUGAUCUUCUCUCUGGAAAUCUCAGUCUUCUGCAAUCCCGGUUGUUUUGAUGUUUUCGUUUUUAUUUAGUUUUAACUCAGAUCUGUGGAUAAUUUUGAAUGUGGGGCAAAGAAGGCGCGGUUAAGUAAAUGGUGUCC